UCCGCGCCCCGCCCUCAGCCCCGGCGCGCAGGGUGGGCCGGCGCAGGCCGAGCGAAGCGGGGAGCGCCGCGCUCGGUGCGUCGCUGCUCCUUCUGCGCCGGGCCCCCUCGCCCCGGUCUGCAGGAGGAUAGCGUUGUGUUUAAAAUGGAAGUUGACAUAAAUGGAGAGUCCAGAACUACCCUAUCCACCCGCGCUGUGCCUCUUGCAGAGGUGAGUCCUGUGGGCAGGAUGGAAGCAGAGAAACCCCGCUGUUCCAGUACCCCCUGCUCACCAAUGCGACGGAUGGUUGCGGGAUAUCAGAUCCUUCACAUGGAUUCUAACUACCUGGUCGGCUUCACUACUGGAGAGGAGCUGCUGAAACUAGCCCAGAAGUGUACAGAAAGUGAAGAGAAUAAAGGGGAAUCUGGGUCGAACUUGUGCUCCAAACAGCUUGAUUCAGGACUUGCACGUUCCUCCCGUUUGUACAAAACUAGAAGUAGGUACUAUCAGCCAUAUGAGAUCCCAGCGGUAAAUGGAAGGAGAAGGAGACGGAUGCCCAGCUCAGGGGAUAAAUGCACUAAGGUUUUACCAUAUGAACCUUACAAGGCACUUCAUGGUCCCCUGCCUCUUUGCCUUUUAAAAGGUAAAAGGGCUCAUUCAAAAUCACUGGACUACCUCAAUUUAGACAAAAUGAGCAUUAAGGAACCUGCUGACACAGAAGUGCUACAAUACCAGCUCCAACACCUUACCCUUAGAGGGGACCGUAUGUUUGCAAGAAAUAACACAUGAGCUAUCAUCUUGAAUUUAGAAUCAAUUCCUGAAUAUUUCUCUGUUGCUGCAAAAAUCUACUGUUGUACUGUAUACAUGACUGUCCACAUUGUAGAUGGCUGUAAUGACUAAAUAUUAUCAGAAAGUAAUUUAUUUAAAUAGAAACUUGGCAAUACGUUACAAAUACUUGGAGGGAGAAAUCUUUCCUGAGCAAGCAGCUUCUGAUGCAAAUUUGACUGCAAUUGAUUAAUAUUUCUUUUAUCAAAAAAAGCUUUUGAUUUUUGGGUUUGUGAUUUUUUUUUUUUUUUGUACAGUUAGAGUUAGUAUUUACAGUAAUUUAACACAGAAAAAUUGGUGAUGUCUGCUUAGUUGUUGCUAAUUUUGUCUUGAUGUUAGAAACUGCUCUUGGAUAGGCACUCAAGUAUAGCAGGUUUUUUGGUUUUAGUUUUUGUUACUAUAUUCUACAGUAAAAUGUAUGAUUUAGUGUUUUGUUUUUGUUUUUUUUUUUUUUUGUACAUCAUGGAGAGGAAAGUGAGCUUAAAUAAAUUGGAUCACUCACUAUUUAAAUAAUCCAGUUCAAACAUUUUCAAACUGCACUUGCCCUGGUGAUGAGGGUGGGAGUCGUUCAUAAAACAAACCUUUGCUACUUAAAAAAUAAUUUAACAGGAUUUAGAUUUGACAUGGAAUUAAUUACUUUGCCUCCUCUGUUCCAUAAAACUUGUUCAGGAUAAGCAGUUGGGUUACUAAAACCAAAUCUUUUGGGGAGUAAAGAUAUUUUUUUUUUGUUAGUGGGAUUUAUUUUUUACAUUGUUUUGACACACAAAGAAGGAUUCACAGAAGAUUCCAGUAAAUACACUGGAAUGUCUGCAUUGGUAUGUCAAUAAUGUUUUUUCUUUUAAUUAAUUAUUUCUGUAUCAUCUAUACUAGCAGAAGGGGUCAAAUAACUUCAGCGUUGCUUUGGAAAUUCAGUUGAUUUGAAGCACGGAACACUUCAGAUCUGGAAGGCCAUUUUUUUUCUGAUGGAGUGCAGGUGGAGUAUUUCUGUAUCGGCAUUGAAGAGAUAAUCCUGGAUUAUUCAACAGAGUAGAUUGAAUACACUAGUUUACUUCUGUUACUUAAGAAUUUUUUAUCUGAACAUGACACCAAAUGUAGUUUUGACAGCUGUAUUCCUAGAUGGAUUUAAAACAUUUUAGUAACUUAUGUUUAAAAAUUAAAAAUAAUUUUGAGACCUUUUUUUUUAGGUGCUAUCUUUUACUGAAGCAGCGUGCAACUUGGGUUUGGCUGAUGACCUCUGCAGAAGAAGUUAAAAAUAAGAUCACGUUGUUUUGAAAUAUAAAUUAUUUUAUCAGUUGUUGCUGGUAGAAUUAAGAUUUUGUUUGUUUGUUUGUUUGUUUAUCAUACAGAAUUAAUGGAAAGCACUAGUUAGUGCGUGUACUGUGGAAAAUAAGGGUUCUUUUCAUGCUGGCUUUUACUCCACAGUUGUAAAUGAAGGCAACGCAGUAGUCUGCAUUUUGGUGGUUUGGUUAUCUUUUUUUUAGGUUUAUUAGAAUGUUUGCAACAAACUGAGAUGUAUUUUUAGAAGUUAACUACACCUAUAUAAAUCUAAUGCAUUGAGCAAUGAUCCUGAAAGUAAAAUCUUCCUAUAUAGUCUGUAGUUUGAAAAACAGAUUAAGGUCAGAUGCCAAAGAGAUGGGGGUUUUGUUUAAGGAAUAAACACCACUGCUUAUUGCAAUACCCUAUGAAACUGUAUUUCUGGCUGAAAAAUAAAAAGGGUAGUAUAAGCACCUAUUGUUGUGGAGUCUUUGCUGUGUAGGAGAAAGUUGACAUUUAAAAAAUACAGCUUUAGACCAGGGAUCAUUUAAAGACAUCUUUAAAGCAGGAAGCUUGGACUUCUGUGAAAUAGAUGCUUAGGUUUGUUACUUUGUUUCAGAAAAUUGAAUUGUUUCAGGAGUUACUAAUAUUUUGUGCAUGUUUCUAAUGUCAUCCUGUGCAGUAAGUGUAUAGCUACACUAAUAGAUUGCUAUCUAGCCAAGUUCAAACAUAAAAAACGUGUUAGUACUUUAUCUGUUUGAUCAUUUGCUCAUGAAGGUGCUUACAUGUAAUAUUAUUUGCUUAAUAUACAGAAUUGCAGCUCUCAUAGCAUAUCCUCAUUCAAGAGCUCACUGUUUUGUGAGUUUGGUUUGUAACAUUCUUUAUCAUAAACUUUUGUAUCCGUGAGGAGUUCCUGUUUUUACCUGUAAAUUAAGCAAAAUCUCAGCCAAAUUAAAGCUUUUGAUCUUGUCUUAUUUUUGCUGUUUAUAAUGUCUUCCAUUAAACUAGUUAUUAAAAUGAAAGAUGAAAUGGUUCUUCAGACUGCUAAAGUGAAAUUAUGAACAAUACGGACCUUUCAAAGUGAAUUCUUGCUGUUCUUGUAAUAAAGUAAAAGAUUAAAAAAAAAAAAAAAGCAUCAAAAAUAGUUUCCAUCUUGGCUUUAGUUGUCUUUCAGAGGAUUAGAAGAGUGAAGGUAGAAAUGACAUGGCAUAGUAACACAAAACUUCCAUUUAACCAAAGUAGAUCUGGAAUCAAGUACAAAUGUGUAAACUUGGAUAUGGAGGCAGAUCUUAAAUAUAGUCACACUGCUGGCAUUUUUUAAAACAAUAUACCAAAAAAGGAUCGGUAUGAAAUCCAUGCUUUAUUUCAGUGUUUUCUUUCUACAUUUCAGGUAUAAACUUGUAACUACUCCUGUCCUGCUGUUUUAUUUUUUGUAUUUACAGCUGCACAUAGUACCUAACUGACCUUCUGUUUUCCUCUGCCUUCUCUUUGUCCAUCCAUUGGGUUCUGACUUAUACUCAGUUCUCUUGAGUGGUGAUCUCUCUUGCUGAAUAUAUUUACUGUAGUGGGAAUUGUUAAUUGCAGACUAGGACUACUAGACAAUAUUGCAAAAUAAGUAACAGACAAGCUUUUAGAAUUUUCUAAAAUUGCUCUCCUGGAUGUGUGGGUUUUUUGUUUUGGUUUGGUUUGGUUUUCUGCUGGGAAGAACAGAGGAAAGGAGAAAGUUUAUUUUUAAACAACUUCCAAAAUCUACAAUAUCUGCACAAGUAUCAGCUGAUUGGUGUCAGUAAAUCUAGGUGCUGUAAGGCUGUAUAAUUUGCUUCUGAAGAAAUUAAAAAGCCAGCCAGAACACAAGACUCUGGUCUGAAA